CUUUGGGUUUGAGCUCAAUGCUAAAUGUUUUGUUGGUUUAAGGACAGUCCACACUCUGAGCACUGACCUUCGCUCCUUUUGCACUUGUUAUUGAUUAAACACUUCUACAGCUGUAACACAUUCUGACUGCGGAAUCUUCACCUACACUGCAUGCAAGGAAAUUACUAUUUCAAGCAGGAAAUUACAAAUAAUAUUAUAUUCCAAUAUAGGUAAUUAGAAAUCUAAAAAUUGCUAUCAUAGGACUGUAAGGCAGAAGCUUUUCCACAAGCCCAAUGACUGCACCAGGCUCAUCUCUGAGUGUGUUUGCCCUGCGUCUGGGUCCAGGACAGGAGUUGCUCUCGGCUCUGCAGGCAUUUGUGAAGGAGAAGCAGCUCAAAGCCCCGUUUGUCAUCACAUGUGUGGGCAGCGUGACAAAAGCAACACUACGACUGGCCAACGCAACAGCAGACAACACCAAUCAGGUGAUUCAGCUGCAAGAACGCUUUGAGAUAGUGUCUUUAGUUGGCACCCUAAACCCAGAAGCUCAUCUGCACAUCUGUCUGGCUGAUAAGGAAGGCCGGACCGUUGGCGGUCACGUCCUGGGUGACCUGGAAAUCUUCACUACAGCAGAAGUUAUUAUAGGGGAAGCCACAGAUCUGUACUUUUCCAGAGAGAUGGACAGCAGAACCGGCUUUCCUGAGCUGGUUAUUGAUAAACGUCAGGAGAAGACAUAAUGCCUAUUAGUGCAUGGCUAAGAAUGUUGUGUGUACAAAAUGUUUAGAUAUACUUCUUUGAAAUGAAAGGACUUCUAGUAUUAUCAAUAUCAAACAAUAGCUGAAGAAUAAACAGUUGCAUGAAUUAAACUUUAAAAGCUGGACGCAUUUGUUUUUAAGAAUGGCAUUGGGUUUUUUAGUGUGAACAGAAAAUUGAGUCUGAAUCCUAACAAUGAUUUCUCAAAAACGAAUAGUUUAAGAUAAUGAAUAGGGCAACAGGUGAAAGUUUGAUUGGGUGCCAUGAGGUAUUAUGAAUGAAGCAGUUAGUGCACUUCUGAGAGCUAAAAAGAGAAAAUGCCAGGAUGAAUCAAUACAGUAUUAGACAGUAUAAUAUUGUAUUACUGAAAUGCA